CAGAACAUGUAUCCCAGAUAUGCUGACUAAUUAACACAGAACAUGGCGGAGCCAGAGGGGGCAAUGAACGGGGAGGAGGUGGGACUGCUCUCGCGGAGCACCAGGGAGACUCUGGAAACGGAGGUGCCCGCUGUCGAGAAGACAGGUCAUGUCCCGGCAUCUCGGGCACUGCAGGCCUCGCACUUCCUGUCCACCUGGGGCCAGCGCGGCUGGGAGUUUGCCGUUGGGCUCGUCAUGCUUGAGCUGCACCCCUCCUCGCUGCUGCUGGUGGCGGUGUGGGGCCUGCUGGAUGCGGCACUGUCUGUGGUGGCCGGCACGGCGGUCGGGCGCUACGUGGACGGCCUGCCCCGCCUGGCAGCCGCCAGCCGCAUGUACCUGCUGCAGAACGGCAUGCUGGCGCUGAGCGCGGCUGCGGCGCUGGGCCUGUUGGCCAGCGACGCGCGAGCUGGGGCGGCGUUCUGGGCGGGACGGGCGCUGACGAUGGGCGCGGGCGCGGUCAGCACGCUGGGAGCGUUGGGCAGCACGCUGUCGGUGGAGCGGGAGUGGACCCGGGCGCUGUGCGGCGGCGACAGCGCCGCGCUGGCCUCGCUCAACGCCGCCAUGAAGCGCAUCGACCUGACCUGCCUCAUCGCCUCCCCUAUCCUGGUGGGCCUGGUGAUGCAGCACGGCGGCGGGCGCCCCAUGGUGGCCGCCACCCUGGCGCUGCUGGCGUGGAACCUGGCCAGCUGGCUGCCAGAGGUGGCCCUGCUGCGCUACGCGCAGCGGUGCAGCCCCGCCCUGGCCGCCGACAGCAAGCCCAGCGCCGACAGCAGAGGUGGCGACAUAGAUGCCGGUGCUGGUGCUGGUGCUGGUGGUGUGCCUGGGGACGGCGACGGCAGGUGGCACCGGCUGGCGCGGCCGCUGCGGCAGCAGGCCCAGGCCUGGGCGCUCUACGCGCGGCAGCCGACGGCGGCGGCGGCGGCGGCGCUGGCGCUCCUGUACCUGACGGUGCUGUCCUGGGGCACGCUGAUGACGGCGUACCUCAAGGCGCUGGGCCUGCCCGAGGCUGAGCUGGCGGUGUACCGCGGCCUGGGCGCCGUGAGCGGCAUCCUGGCCACCCUCACCUUCCCGCCGCUGCACCGCGCGCUGGGCCUGGUCGCCACCGGCGGCCUGUCCAUCUGGCUGCAGCUGGCCUGCGUGGCGGGGGCCACGCUGCCCUCGGUGGCGGCGGCGGCGGGCGCGGCGGUGGGCACCUCAGCCCGCCUGUAUGCGGUGGUGUGGGGCCUGGUGCUCUCCCGCUUUGGGCUGUGGAGCUUCGACCUGGCUGUGAACCAGCUCAUUCAGGAGUCUGUGGGUUCAUCCUCGCUGGGGGCAGUCAGCGGGGUGCAGGGCAGCAUGCAGUCGCUGUGCCAGAUGCUGGCCUACCUGGCGGGCGUCCUGGUGCCCGCCACCGACAGUUUUGUGUACCUGAUGGCGGGGUCCUGCUGCGUGGUGGCCACGUCGGCAGCCGCCUUCACCGCCUUUGCGCUGCGCACGCGGUGCGGCGGCCGCCUCGCCAUGCAGCUGCAAGUCGUGCAGCUCGAUGCCUGA